AUGGGUAUUUGUAAAUCAAAAUCAAAAAGUUCAAUUGAUGUUCAAUACUAAGGGUCUUUUGCCUAAAUCAUUAAUAAAGGAUCAGAAAAAAAUGAUAUUGAAGCCUUCAUUAGAGAAAAAACACAAUCUCAAGAUUUAUUCAAUCCGUACCGAAACCCAAUCCUUAACCGAAGGCUUAGAUAAACUCCAAAUUGA